UCUCGAGCCGUUCAUGGCCGCUCGAGCCCCGUCUCGUUCGUGUUGCCGAGGCCGCGGCGCCGCCGCUGCUCGCGUGCCUGCGUGUCGGUCCCGGGGACGGCGGAGCAAAGGGUCCGCGAGCUAGCACGCGGCCCGCUCACCGUCCGGCCGGUGAUGUCGUCGGUCAGCAAGUUUACCGGAGAAAGUGUGUGUGGGGGACAGUUCGCGGAUAAACGCCAUUUUGUGUCUGAGCGGAGCAGCAGGCCAGGCUGCCCGCCAUUUAACAAAAACCCGAGUUUCACCAAAAACAUCAAACACGCUGCAUCCGUUACACACCGACAUUUCCUCUAAACUUUCCGGUUGUCAAACACCGCCGGUGAGCUCGGCGUGUAAACACCGGUCACCUGUAUUAUCACCGGGAGGCCGCUUUAUCCGCCGGUGACGUUGAUGUUGUUUAAUGUUUAAAUAGCAUGUUAGCUACAGGCUAACGUUAGCCUCGCCGGUAACCACAGCUGUCGUUACACCGUCUGAAAACCCCGUUAAACCGUUGUUCUCCCGCUAAUACACUACCUGGUUUACAGCUAAAACGGUUUAGUCCGGAUCUGAUCGGCUGCUCUGCAAAGUUAAAGUUAGCCUCGCAGCUGCUAGCCGUUGGCCUAGCCCGCUUCAGUCCGGAAUGAACUAUGGUCAGAGUAGAAACGGGACUCGGUGUCCGUUACCGGUCCAGGGUCAAGCCCAGACUGAGGAUGUUUACAGAUGAAACCCGGUCUGUUCGGGAGAAUAACGCCAGUGUGCUAUGCUAACAGUUAGCCUGCGUGCUGUCUGUCCCCUCGGUUCACUUAUUUGCAUCGUGAAGCGUGCACACGCUCCGGUGCGCGUGUCCGCGGUAGAAGAGGUACAUGAACUGUUGGGACCGGACCGGGCACCGACAGAUGGGGGGCUCUGCCGGUCUGCCGCUCUGCCAGGAGCCUCCAGCAGCUGGGCUGAUGCUUCCUCCUCAGCAGCUUGUGAACAUGCUGUCGAGGCUUUUCCUUCACGUUUUGUUACGAAGCCCAAAGUCCACCCAGAGGGAGCGACCUGCUCCUGAGCUGCCUGAACCCGGCUCCACCGUGGUCCAGCCCCGUAACGCAUCUACGUCACUAUGUCACGCGCGUCAUAAAGCACGAAUUCCACCUAAACGUGACGUUAACUAAGGCUGGGCGCCGUCCGGCCGCGGGCGCGGGGCUGUUCCUGCGAUGUAGAGGCAGAGCGCAGUUAAACCCUUACCUGUGAGGAUAAAUCCGUUACAAAUGAGGAACCUCCCACUCUGUGGCGCCUCGCCACGCAGCGAUGCACGCGGCGUUUAGCUCUGGAGAGGGAAGUAAACGACAGGAGGAAUGUAAAUCUAAAUAACACUUAGAACAUUUUAUUCAAAUCUAAUCUCGGCCUCAGCCGAUCUGUAACGACUGCUGACGUUACCGUAACAAAGCCGUAACGUUUGUUCGCCUGCCAAGCUAACGUUUGAUAUCGUAAACCUGAGCGAGCUGUCGGUCAGAAAACAACAGACAGAACUUAAAUCUAACUCUGAGUUAUACUUCUUGUUAUUAGAGACGGGUUGUUGAGUCCGCCUGAUUAAACAAAGAUUAAAAAAAAAACAUUGUUGUGACCGUUCCAGCGCUUUGCAUUGUGGGACGCAGGACGCGGGGUAGACUGGUCCGAUGCACUAGCUUUUGUUUGCAUGCUACACACAGGUCAGGUACUGCUGGUAAAGUGGGCGGUUUCGGGUACAGCCAUAGUUACGGCUGAACUGGCUUUGUUUUGGAUCACGCUACCCUGCUCGUCAGGACCCGCCCUCCUCUGCUUCUGAUUGGCUAGCAGUCCUUACCUCGGUGCCGCCCCCAACAAAGAUCCAGCAGGAGCGAGACGCCUCCCUCGGUUGCUAAUACGGAGCAUUCAAGACGAGGCGCUGCAGUAAUGAGCAGUAUGGCGGAGACAGUGAAGUACGUGGACGACGAACAUAAGAGCAUCUUCCUGAAGCUGCUGAACGAGCAGCGACUGGAGGGCGAGCACUGCGACAUCGCUGUGGUGGUCGAGGACGUCAAGUUCCGAGCUCACCGCUGCGUGCUCGCCGCCUGCUCCAACUACUUCAAGAAACUCUUCAAAAAACAUGAGGUGGACAACUCUUCGGUGAUUGAGAUCGACUUUAUCCGCUCUGAUAUCUUUGAGGAGGUGUUGAACUACAUGUACACGGCAAAGAUCUCCGUCAAGAAGAGAGACGUCAACCUGAUGAUGUCAUCAGGACAGAUCCUUGGCAUCCGCUUCCUCGACAAACUCUGCUCUCAGAAACGAGACGUGUCAUCAGAGGACAAAGAGAAGUUUCCCUAUGACAUCGUAAAGAUGGCGCUGCCGCCCGAGGCUCAGCUGGCUGCUGACGCUGAGGUUCUCGGGGAGCAUGAUGACACGCCUACCACAGAUGACCUCGUCGAGGCGUCAGCCAAUCAGGAGCUAGAUAAGUCUCCCAGUGCAGCGCUGCGUGUCCAGGAAGCCAUCCUGAAAGAACUGACCAAUGAGGACGUACACAAGGUGACCUGCUAUGACCAGGAUGUGGUGACGGAGAUGGAGGCGGAGCCUAAAGAGCUGGGGGCGGAGCACCAUGCCACCCAGACGCUGACGUUUGCAGACAGUAUGGGGGAGGUGAAGGACGAGCAGCCGCCUGGCUGGUCGACGGCGACGACCGACAUGAAGUUUGAAUACCUGCUGUACGGACACCGAGAGCAGCUCGCCUGCCAGGUGUGUGGGAAGACGUUCCUGGACGAGAGCAGACUCAGGAAACAUGAGAAGCUUCAUUCAGCAGAACGUCCGUUUGCCUGUGAGAUCUGCACGAAAGCUUUCACCACCCAUGCUCACCUGAAAGAACACCUGAAGAUCCACACGGGCUUCAAACCCUACAGGUGUGACGUUUGUGGGAAAUCGUUCAUUCGAGCUCCAGACCUGAAAAAACACGAACGAGUUCACAGCAACGAGAGGCCGUUCGCCUGCCAGAUGUGUGACAAGGCGUUUAAACACAAGUCUCACCUGAAGGAUCAUGAGAGGAGACACCGAGGAGAGAAACCGUUCGUCUGUCCAUCCUGCACCAAGGCCUUCGCCAAGGCGUCAGAUCUGAAGCGCCAUGAGAACAACAUGCACAGUGAGAGGAAACAGCUGAAUCCUCUGCAGAGCGACACAGAGACACUGCAGGCUGCCGCCAUGGCUGCUGAGGAGCAACAUCUGGACAGCAUCAGCUGCUCCUAACAUCUGGACAGCGUCCGCUGCUCCUAACCAGUGUAACUGUAUUAAUAAAAAUAUUUUCACUUUAUCUUUAUUGAUUUUUAAUUGAAUUCUGAUUGAUUUUUAAACCAGUCUUAAUGAAUUCUGUUAGUCGUAGUUUUUUCUCCUCUGAAUCACUGAACAUGAACUGAUGACCUCAGCGAUCAUGUGAUGAACAUGUUAAACAUGGACGACUGUCUGUGCUUCGUGCAUCAUCUGUAAUUAUGUCUCUUUGUAAAUGUACAGGAUCUGUUUUUCAGUCUGAACCAAACUCUGUACAGAAAACGGUCGAUUCUGAAGCUACUGGAUUGUGUUGUUGUAUAUAAAACUGUUGUUCUGUUCAGUUUAAUGAGCAGAGCUGCUGUGUUUUAAACCACACGUCUUUUAUUUCGCUGUAUUUCAUCACCUUCACUAAGCUACAGGAGCCCAGAGUGGACAUAUUUACUAACAGGGCUCUGUUUCCAUGGUGACAAUAAAAUAAGCCAAAAUGUCCAA